GUAAAUUAAGUGUUAGGGGUGACCUACAUAUUGCCUUAGUCUGUUAACCUUAGACUGUAUCAAUUGGCUACGCCGGGUUGCUAACGAUAAUCUAGCUAGCUAUUGCCGUUAUCUGGAUGAGAUACCGGUUGAGUUGCAUUAUCGUUGUACUCAUCCGAAUGACAGCUCUGACAUCAGCUUUAUGAUGUUUUACCAGGUGCAGUUCGCUAAUGACGUUUCGCCAUGAUAUGCAUAGUAUGUGAAGCUUAUUUCCCGAGCUAGUGUAGCUAUGUAACCGGACCAUAGACUUGAAAUAGGAUUAGAGUUUUACCCUGCGUCUAACUUUUAACUGCCAUCGUUCUCUAGCUAGUUGAGCAAACGUUACAUUUGAUAACGUUAUGCGUUACUAAUCUUGAUUUAGCUAAACAUGAGUAAAUUAGGGAUAAUUGAAAGCAGGUGCUUGCACACAGGUGUGGUUCCAGUUAACUCCAAAAGCACACUCAGAUUGUGUAUAAAAGUGCCGACAGGCCCAGUUGCAAGUGUAUUUAAUUAGAGGAAGAGUUCCCAAUGACUUUGAAAGAGCACAGUUAUCGGAGUUUGUUUGGCAGGGUCAUUUCUGUGACGAAGACUACCAAACUGCCAAAGUUUGACAUUUCAUAACAAACUGUCUCGAAGGUGAUGUUUGCAUUGAAUUCCGAUGGAAAGAUCAAUGUAACUGGGGAAACGGUGAUCAAAUAUCAAUACUUCUCUACCUUGCUGUCCGAAUCUAGGUCAUCUGCAGGCGGUUUACUGAGAUUUUGUACAAAGUCGGGUGGUCCGUCAUAGCUGGUCCAACAUGCAAAUAUUAUACGCAUAUUGGACACGUGUGUGUGUGUGUGUGUGUGUGUGUGUGUGUGUGUGUGUGUGUGUGUGUGUGUGUGUGGGCUUUGCUUAAAAAUUUUUUUUAAAAAAGGUUAAGUUAGGCGUACGAUAUUGAAAGACAUCCUACCCCCACCAAUAUCAUCUCUAAGAGACUGUUCUUAUUUGUUGCUUUCGCCAAAUAUUCAGAGUAACUCCUACUACACCUUUUGUAGGCUACCAAAAAGGUAUUAAUAUGCUUGAUUACGCAAAGAUUCAAAAGCAAUGCAGGUAAUGAGUCCGUAUGAAAGCUAUUAUUCUAGUAGUAGUAGUAGUAGUAGUAGUAUUAGUAGUAAUUUAUUUCGGUCCUUGUUAGCCUUUCUUACAGAAUGAAUACACAUAGAAAUAAUGAAUAACAAUAUUGAAGCUUUAGCUUAUUAUACCUACCAUUUUUACACAACAUAUUCUAAUAGUCAACCCUUUCACUACUAGGUUUAGGCUUUAUAAAAACAAAACAUAAUAUAAAUUAAAAAAAACGUUUCAGAUACAAUAAUAAUCAUACCUCAGUUUUAUAUUUGUUUAGCACCUCAUUCUUAAACAAGUGUUUUACACAUACAUUUUUUUUGCCACAAAUAUUCCACAAGUUAACCCCUUUCACAGAUACCCAUCCAUUCUUUAUAUUUGUCCUUACCCUUGUUUUUUAAACAUACCUUCUCCCUUAAAUUCAUACUGGCUCUCUCUAAUUUCAAACUCUGAAUACAGGAAGUAUAUUUUGUGCUUUGUACAUUAUCUGUGCAGUUAAGCAACAAGAUUAUUUUUAAAGCAUAAGAGUUAAUAAAUAGUUUGUCAUAAUAAUCCGCUCGAUUUUUAGUCACAUUCAAAGCUAACUACCUGGAUGCAUUUCCUUGAAAUGUAAUAUUGUAACUACUUUACCAAACUGUCCUACUCCUAGGUCACGCAAGUUGGCUGAAAUUCAAAGUUUCUAGUGUGAGAACAGAAAGCAAUGGCUAACCUAUUACAGCUCUUGUACACAGUCUACAAAGGACUACAGUCCUUUGUUUGAACCAUUCAUGAACUGUUUUGUUUUUGUAUUUUUUUUCUUAUAUUAUCUGUGUAGGCUGAUUGAUGCCUAAAUUUAUGCUUUGCUAAUUUACAUAUGUACCACUCUACUUUUUAGAGUGGAGUACAUAUGCUCUGAAUGUGAAAAUGUAUGAUCUCACAAACACAUCCCAAUUUGUAGUUGUGCUCCUAAAUAUUUUUUUCCAGUUUUUCCGGUGAAAAUGGUCCUUAAAUGGGAACACUGUACCCUAUAGUACAAUAAAGGGUGAUGAUGUCGCAUGACACUUAUGUGUAGAUAGUCGGAAAAAGCAGUUUCUCAAACUAGGUACUUUCAACUAUUAGCCUGAACAUUAGCCUGCUGAUAAUGUUUUGUGUGCAUAUUUUAAGUUUUAAGAUUUGCUUGCAUUUUUCCAAUUUCUUUUUUUAAAGCUCCAUACUAGACAAUUGUUAUUGACCAGAUUUAUUACUGACCAAUUUAAUAUAUGCACAGUAAUUGCAUGCCAAGUUUGUGGCAUGUGCUUGAUGAUACCAAUGUUAUAAUGCCCUUUUUCCAUUUCAAAUAGUCCCACAUCAGUAUAUUGACCUUUUGCACAUUCAUUUAAUUUUAUGACUCUGCCAUGCACGUGUAGGCUAUGGUUUUUGUUUAUCUAGGUCAUGUAACUUUUACAUACCUGCCCCUCUAAGUCACAUGUUUUUGCAUUAACAAUUGCUGCCUGAGGAGGGCUAUAAUAAGUCCCAUUUCAGGAAUUUUAGCAUGGAAUUUAAAUAUCCCACCCCACUUCCAAAGCUAAGGAACUUGAACGUGCUACCAUUCUUGUUAUGUUAUCACAUAUAGUAGCCUACCCUAAGUGUCACUAUGCACGUCUUGAAAAGCUUUGUCUUUCAUAGGUUUCAGGUACCAGUAAAACUUUUUCAAGGUAUUUAAAGUGGAUGAAAGAGGCACUGAUGUUUCUCCUCUAAAUUUGCUUGCGUACUGUAAGUAGGUUUUCUGUGUCUAAUCCUUCUCUCUUUCAUGGCCUUGUUUCUGCCAUCCAAACACGUCACCACUGCACGUCUGUGUGGGACCUUCCGACUCAGCACGCAUUUCUGGGGGCCAGUGGCCAACUGGGGACUGCCUAUAGCUGCCAUCUCUGACAUGAAGAAAAGCCCUGAGAUCAUCAGUGGAAGGAUGACCUUCGCUCUUACCUGCUACUCUCUGGUGUUCAUGAGAUUCGCCUAUAAAGUCCAGCCCAGGAAUUGGCUGCUGUUUGCCUGUCACAUAACCAAUGAAACGGCUCAGCUCAUACAAGGAGGAAGGCUAAUUAAAUACAAGCUGGACAAAAAGUUAGCUCCAUAAGACACUGGACACUGAAGAUUGGUUCAAGAGACAAGAGACUUUUUUUUUUUUUCCUUCUUUUUUUUUUGUUUGCCAAUUCAAUUUUGCCAUCCAAUCCAAGUAAACAUUGGCAAUUCAUUUUCAGUUUUUGUCAGGCAUAUGCCUUAUUACAAAUUGCACAGUAAUGUAUCAUUACAAAAUCGUACAGUGCUGAUAUAGGAUGGUACAAUGUGUUAAAUCAUGUGUAAUUAAGGCUUUUUAAUUAUUCUGUACAACCAUUGAGGAUUAAUUUAAGAGAUUCUUACGUUGUCGAAUAAAACUGUACCUUAAGUCAUAA